CUGCUAUGAAACAGUUCUUACUUCAUUUGGACGAAACAUUGAAAUUAGGAAGAAAAUUUAUCAUUCAAGACUUGGACGAACAUCACUUAUUUAUCUCUGCCGACAUUUUAGACACACUUCAAGUUAAAAUAGACGAUUUGAUGGAUCAAAUCAGCUUUCCUCUUGCAGAAAAAGGUGGUCAAUAAACUGUAUACAUAACCAUGACUAUUUCCAAGUCUACAUUACGCGGUUCCAACCGCAUAAGAGAAAAUGAUAAAAGACGCAUUGUUGAUGAGACCUCGCGUAAGCGUCGUCACAGGAAAGUUAUGGAACUCCUCGAAUCUGAUAACUACCAUGAAGACCCCCAUGCGGAUCUUGUUAUGAGCAAGAAAGUUCCCAAGUUUGAAGAUAACUUAGAACACAGAAGUACUAGAACAAAGAAAAGGGAGCGAACCACUGAAUACUACCAGUUCAAGUAUCGUAAAAACUUUCAACAGCUUGUGGAUGAAGACCGGGUAGACGCUGAUAUAAGUAAGAGGGUCUCGUAUAUGGAUAUACAGUGUGAGGAUAGCCCAAUUCCUCCUAGACAUUUCUGUGCAGUUUGUGGGUUUUUGGGACAAUACUCUUGUUUGUCUUGUGGGACUAGGUAUUGUUGUAUUAGGUGUAUGGACACUCAUAUUGAUACUAGAUGUUUAAAGUGGACUGCUUAGUGUAUAAUUGUAAUAUUUUUUAAAUAAAUUUUUUCAACAUU